CAGGGCAGCCCACAUACUGUGCUGGGGGACUGGGAAAUGCUUUUCUGCCUGUAGCUGGGAUGUGUCAGUGUUUAGUUCUCAGCAGCAGCAGCACAGGAAAUGUCACCAUCCUGACAAAGAGUCAUAAAAUAUGUUGAAGAUUUGUUACUAAAAGUGGACUAAAAUGUGCUAAUUUUAUGUAGUCUUUGGAAGAAAUGAUAAGUCAUUUCUGACAGAAAUAUAUAUAUAGCUUUUCAGGGCCCCUGUUGGGCCUUUAAAAAGGUUGUCAGGGAAUUGUGAAGGAUUUCCUGUGGAAUUGCUAACGUGGUACCACGCACAGACUAAUUGUAAGAGAAAAUUGAAAAUGGCUUCCUACGUCUGACAGAUGGUUUUAAAAAUUUCUUUUUCAGGUUUGAGUUGGUCUCACUAAACUGCAGCCAUGGUGCAGAAGUACCAGUCCCCCGUACGGGUGUAUAAACACCCUUUUGAGUUAAUUAUGGCUGCGUAUGAAAGAAGGUUUCCUACGUGCCCUCUGAUCCCCAUGUUUGUAGCCAGUGACACUGUAAGCGAGUACAAGAGUGAGGACGGGGCCAUCCACGUGAUCGAGCGGCGCUGCAAGCUGGACAUCGAUGCCCCACGGCUGCUGAAAAAGAUUGCAGGAGUGGAUUAUGUCUACUUUGUCCAGAAGAACUCUCUGAACAGGCGAGACAGGACUCUGCAUAUAGAAGCCUACAAUGAAACCUUCUCUAACAGAGUCAUCAUUAACGAGCACUGCUCCUACACAGUUCAUCCUGACAAUGAAGAUUGGACCUGUUUUGAACAGUCAGCAAGUCUGGAUAUCAAAUCUUUUUUUGGUUUUGAAAGCACAGUGGAAAAGAUUGCCAUGAAGCAAUACACCAGCAAUAUUAAAAAGGGAAAAGAAAUAAUAGAGUACUACCUGAAGCAGCUGGAGGAAGAAGGAAUAACUUUUGUCCCUCGCUGGACUCCUCCUGUUGCCUGUAAAUCAGAGAGCAGCACAUCCCACUCAAGGAGACCAGUGUCACCUGCCAUUAAUAUCCCAGAGUCUGCCACAAAGGAGGGCUUGAGCAACAAGGAGAUCCUCAACACCUCCAGCAGCCCCUCGGAGCCCACGGCAGGAACACCCGAUGAUAAGUUGGAUGCAGACUACAUCAAGAGGUACCUGGGGGACCUGACCCCCAUGCAGGAGAGCUGCCUCAUCCGCCUGCGGCAGUGGCUCCAGGAGACGCACAAAGGCAAAAUCCCAAAGGAUGAACACAUUUUAAGAUUCCUGCGUGCCCGGGACUUCAACAUUGACAAAGCAAGAGAGAUCCUUUGCCAGUCCCUGACGUGGCGUAAGCAGCACCAGGUGGAUUAUAUUCUGGACACCUGGAAUCCUCCCCAAGUGCUCCAGGAUUACUAUGCAGGAGGCUGGCAUCACCAUGACAAAGACGGGCGCCCUCUGUACGUGCUGAGGCUGGGCCAGAUGGACACCAAGGGGCUGGUGCGAGCGCUGGGGGAGGAGGCUCUGCUGCGCUAUGUCCUUUCAAUAAAUGAAGAAGGGCUGAGGCGAUGUGAGGAGAAUACAAAAGUGUUUGGCAGGCCAAUAAGCUCUUGGACCUGUCUAGUAGAUCUGGAAGGCUUGAACAUGAGGCAUUUAUGGAGACCUGGUGUCAAGGCCUUGCUGAGAAUCAUCGAGGUGGUUGAAGCUAAUUACCCUGAGACCUUGGGUCGUCUACUUAUCCUAAGAGCACCUCGAGUAUUCCCAGUUCUCUGGACACUGGUUAGUCCAUUCAUUGAUGACAACACUAGAAAGAAAUUCCUUAUUUAUGCUGGAAAUGACUACCAGGGUCCUGGGGGACUGCUGGAUUACAUCGAUAAAGAAAUUAUCCCUGAUUUCCUCGGUGGAGAGUGCAUGUGUGAAGUACCAGAGGGUGGGCUGGUUCCCAAGUCCCUCUACCGGACAGCAGAAGAGUUGGAAAAUGAAGACAUCAAGCUUUGGACUGAAACAAUCUACCAGUCUGCAAGUGUCUUCAAAGGAGCUCCACAUGAGGUUCUCAUCCAGAUCGUGGACGCCUCGUCGGUGAUCACGUGGGAUUUUGACGUGUGCAAGGGUGACAUUGUUUUUAACAUCUUCCAUUCCAAAAGAGCCCCACAGCCUCCCAAAAAGGACUCUCUGGGAGCUCACAGUAUUACAUCUCCUGGUGGGAACAAUGUCCAGUUGAUAGACAAAGUCUGGCAGCUGGGCCGUGACUACAGCAUGGUGGAGUCUCCCCUGAUCUGCAAAGAAGGGGAGAGUGUGCAGGGCUCUCAUGUGACCAGGUGGCCUGGCUUCUACAUUUUACAGUGGAAAUUCCACAGCAUGCCUGCCUGUGCUACAACCAACCUGCCUCGUGUGGAUGAUGUGCUGGCAUCUCUACAGGUGUCCUCUCACAAAUGUAAAGUGAUGUACUAUACAGAAGUGAUAGGAUCUGAAGAUUUCAGGGGAUCUAUGACCAGCCUUGAAUCAAGCCACAGUGGAUUCUCCCAGCUCAGUGCUGCCACCACCUCCUCUAGCCAGUCCCAUUCCAGCUCCAUGAUUUCCAGGUAGUGCCACAGCAGCUGAAAAGCAAAUGGAUGUGAUGGCUGGACCCUCGCCCAUGGCAGCUGACUGCAAUACAGCAUAUUCAACUGGCAAUUGUGCAAAAAACCCCACCCCAAAAAGCCUUUUAUAGAUAGUAAAGUAGCUGUUUGAAUUUUACUCUUAGUGGUUUUGGUCUUUGUUAGAUCCAACAGCUUGUCUCUUAACUUUAACCCUUUUUCCUAACUCAGCCAUAAAUAUUUUUGCAAGUGUGCUUGCACAAAUCCUAACUCUGAACACAAGGGCUCUUACUGAAAAGGAAAAACAACCAGUGCAUCAGUUAAGAAUGAUUUUUCUUUUUUUUUAAACUGUGUAGAUGUUAAAAAGCAAAAAAGAAAAACCCUACCAAAAAUGCUCCAUAGUGCAUUAGAGAUCAACUGCAAGUCUCCUGUCAGGACAUUUCUUGCCAUCCUGAGAAAUCCCCUGUGAUCUUCCAGUGCUGCAAACUGUUCUCCUGAUGCCACUAAUGAUGUCCGAGACAAAGGACAGCAGUUGCUGGAUACUUGACUUUG